AUGAACCAUUUUUAUGUUCCUCUUUUGCUUUUCCUUUUGUGUAAAAUAUAUUUAACUAAAGGAGUAAAUUUAAAUAGGGAAAGAAUAUCAUCAUUUUUAAAUUACAAAUUAAAUCUUAUUAAUAUAAAGAAACGUCAAAGUUCUUUAUUCUGUUAUAAAAAAAGGGUGAAAGCUAAAGAACUGAGGAAGCUGACUACUGAGGAGCUUGAGAAAGAAAUAAUUAAGUGCAGGUUGGAUAUACAAAAGUUCCAGCAUCAGGGAUUUUACGAUAUACAUAAUUUUAAAAUACAAUAUGAAAAGAACGCUAAAAGAAAAUUAGCGCAGUUACUAACAAUUUACUAUGAGAGAUACCUAGAUAACAACAUAAGAAUAAAAAGUUAA